AUGUCAUCUUUAAAAGAAUAUUUAUUAAAUUUAAAUUUAUUUGAGCCAUCUUUAGAAAAUGAACAUCAAAAACGAUCAAAUAUUAUUUCUACACGAAUCUAUUUAUUAGUACUUAUUUUAUCUCUUGUUAUAAAUGCUUGUGUUUUACGUUAUCUACCAUUAACAGUAUCAAUAACAAUAUCAUAUCCAACAAAAGAACAAUUUGAAAAACUUCCAUCAGAUGCAAAUUGUCCUUGUUCUCAUAUAUCAAUAUCACAAAAUAAAUUUCUUUCAAUUGAUGCAAAUUUCCAUGAUGUUUGUUCAAGUGAUUUUGUAUCUGAUCGUUGGAUAAAUGCAACAUUUUUUGAUUUAAAUCAUCAAUUGAUCAAUUAA